UGAAGAUUUCGCAACUAGUGAGUAAUUGCCUAAAAUGGAUAACUUUGACACCAUCAUCGAAUCGGUGCAAGGGACAAUUAAAAUAGUAACGUAUAACAAGCCUAAGAGGAAAAAUGCAAUCGACUUUGAUAUGUAUAAGAGAGUAACAAGGAUCCUCAAUGAUGGAGCAAAAGACAGCAAUUUAUCUAUGAUGGUGCUCACAGGAGCUGGGGAAUACUUCAGCAGCGGCAAUGACUUGGUUGCCUUAAGGACAGCCCAUACACCCAGUUUCCUCACAGUGCUGCAUGAUUUUAUUGAAGCCUUCAUUACAUUCCCCAAGUUACUGGUAGCAGUUGUGAAUGGACCGGCUGUAGGCAUUGCUGUGACCACUCUGCCACUUUGUGACUUAGUAUUUGCUGCGGAGAAUGCCUUUUUCUACACUCCAUUUGGAAAGCUAGGUAUCACAGCAGAAGGAUGUUCAACUUUUACAUUCCCAAGGAUCAUUGGAUAUGGAAAGGCUUUGGAAAUGCUAGUGUUCAACCAAAAGAUGAAUGCCAAGGAAGCUCUAGAUUAUGGGUUUGUUAACUGUGUUUACAAGCCAGAGGAAGUUCAAACCAAGGUAUGGAACAAGCUAAAUGAAAUAUCUAAUAUUUCAAAUGAUCUAUUGACAACCACUAAAAGAUUGAUGAGAAGUACCAUACAAGACAAGUUGUUGAAAGUUAAUGAUGAAGAGAUUCGUCUACUGAAUGAAGCUUGGUCUUCUAGAGAGCCCAAUCCAAAAGAUUCAGAUAGAAUCAAAAGUAAAAUUUAAAAUAAAAGGUACCUACUGAAAAAAUGCAUUUAAAAAUA